UGUGAUAUUCCAAUAUGGUGGAAUAGAAUAUAAAAUAUUUAUUCUCCCAAGUCUAGCCUUCACUACAGGAUUAAUUUAAUUGAUUAUCGAAGGGAGAACUACUAAGGCAAACAGUGCUUCAUGUGAACUUAUAUGGAAUUCUCGUGGGUCGUUAUACAAGCUAUUAUUUUCUAUUCAUGAUCAUCCGUACCACCCUGUCUGCUUCCAUUUAAACCAUCAUGAAUCUGGAGAUCCCAGACGGCCUCGGUGAUCUACUGAGAGACUUCACCGUAUCAGUUUUACGUGAAAAACCGAACGAUUUGUAUGAUUAUGCAGUAGAAUAUUUCACUACAGCUAGAGAUACCAGGCGCCCUAAAGAAGUGCCUAUGUACAUUAUUGUGGACAGUGAUGAGGAAGCUGGUGAACCAGAUCCUAAAAUGUUUCAACCUAAAAAUACACGCAACCGUUAUGCAAGGCGCCAAAGUGUCUCUGCUGAACGUUACGAUCCCGAGGAGGACGACGAUGAUGAUGACAGAGUAGUUCAUCCUAAAACUGAUGCUCAAAGAGAGAGACUUACAGAAGCGGUCAGUGGAAUUCUGUUAUUCCGUUCUCUAGAUUCGGACCAAAUGCAAGAAGUGAUCGAUGCUAUGUUUGAAAUGAAAGUUAAACCUGGUGAAACUGUUAUUCAACAAGGAGAUGACGGAGAUAAUUUUUAUGUCAUAGACGACGGAAUAUACGAGGUUUCUGUGAAUGUGAAAGGAGCUGAUAAAUCGGUGCAUACUUUCGAUAAUCGCGGUAGUUUUGGUGAGCUAGCAUUAAUGUAUAAUAUGCCACGUUCAGCUACCGUUACUGCCAAAACAUCAGGAACAUUGUGGGCAAUGGACAGGAACUCUUUUAGACGAAUAGUGCUUAAAAGUGCCUUCAAAAAGCGAAAGAAAUAUGAACAUCUUUUAGAAAAUGUAACAAUUCUACAAUCGUUAGAUCAUUAUGAAAGAAUGACCCUCGCUGACGCACUUCACCCAAAAAUUUAUCAAGAAGGGGAGGCAAUCAUAAAACAAGGGGACGAUGCUGAUGGAAUCUAUUUUGUUGAGGAUGGACAUAUAAGAAUCACUAUAGACAAUCCUGAGGGUAGUGAACAAGAAAUUGCCACUCGAUCUACAGGGACCUAUUUCGGGGAAUUAGCCCUUAUUGAAAAUAAACCUAGAACUGCAAACGUCUACGCCGUCGGCAAAGUCAAAGUAGCAUUUUUAGAACGCGAAUGUUUUGAACGUCUUUUAGGCCCAUGUGUGGAUAUUAUGAAACGUAAUAGUCAAUUAUACACGAUGUACGUUGGUAAAUAAUAUUAACUGUUGAUGAUUAGUUAUUUUUGUAAAAAAAAAAAUGUACACGAAAAAUCAUGGUGUGUGAUGAAUUGAAUGUAUAUCGUUCAUAUCGUGUGGCGAGAAUGAGGAAAAUCUCACUUGGUAAAAAACCUUUUAAUUCAUAUCAAGGUGAUUCACCGAGGAC